UCAUUUUGGGUUUAUUUUGUAACAUAAAUUUCGUCUUACAUCUUUGAGCUCUAAAAAACAAAACUAAUUCUAAUGAUGUGUGAAUUUUGAUAAUUGAUAUAUUAAUUGUGGUUUGGAAAAGGGUUGGAAGUACAUUCAUUUAAGGCCUAAUUGGUCUGAAGCUAACAACGAGAGUUUUGUUUUCUUUUUAUUUGUCUGGUUUCUAAUUUGUAAGUCUGAUUUUCGAGGUUAGACUAAUUUUUAUCCAGAAUGUCGACUCCAGGCAGACGAAGAUUAAUGAGAGAUUUCAAGAGGUUACAGGAUGAUCCUCCUGCUGGUGUGAGUGGAGCUCCAACUGAUAAAAAUAUUAUGUUGUGGAAUGCAGUCAUAUUUGGACCCCCUGAUACACCUUUUGAAUAUGGAACUUUUAAGUUAACAAUAGAAUUCACAGAAGAAUAUCCCAACAAACCUCCCACUGUUAGAUUUGUCUCAAAAAUGUUUCAUCCAAAUGUGUAUGCAGAUGGUAGUAUAUGUUUAGAUAUUUUACAAAAUAGAUGGAGUCCUACGUAUGAUGUGUCAGCUAUUUUAACUUCUAUUCAGUCUUUAUUACAUGAUCCUAAUCCAAAUAGUCCUGCUAAUAAUGAAGCAGCUCAGUUGUAUCGAGAAAAUCGCCGUGAAUAUGAGAAGAAAGUGGCUACUAUUGUACAGGAGAGUUGGAAUGAUGAUGAAGAUGAUGAAGAAGGCAAUGAAAAUAAUGAAGAAGAGAAAUCCUAGUAUAAAAAACUGUAAUAAUUUUGGUUAGCUUUUAAAUAUCUCAAUUUUCUUCAAGUAUUGUGUCAAAAAAACAUCUUGACGCAAAAAACACAUUUUUAAAUGGUUUUGAUUAGUUAUUUUUUUACAUGCGAAAGGCCAUCGCAUAAGCUUAAUCUGCCAUUUUUUUUUUUUUUUUUUUAAAUUUCUACUUGAACCUUGGUGUUGGAUAAUUUACAAAAG